UGACAAGUAUUUAAUGCAAAAACUUUGAUAUUUUUAACGAUGAAAAUAAACUUUUCAAAUAUACACAAGACGUGGUCUCUUAACACCGAAAUACUUUUAUAACACUAUUUCAUUGAAUUAUACGUUCGAAAUUAAGUAUGGUAAAUGAGUGCCUUAAAAGAUCAAGAUCCCGACUACGGGCCGUCCGUUGCAAAUAAUGAAAAGCAUCAACGAAUUUACGAAGAAAACGCACGAAGCAACACUGCAAAGAAGAUAACGACUAUCAUAGAAAGGGAAUUUUCUCAAGAAAUAAACACAAAGGAGAAAGAAGUUUUAGAAAUUCAGGAAAGAUUGCACAGAGCAUCAAAAGCUCUACAUCUUUUACGUUACGUCAUAGUCGCAGACUUUUAUAAUCGCAAACAAUGUCAGAAUUUACAAAGCGCAGAGGCAAAGCAAACCCAAAUUCAUCCUGCGAUUAAACAGUUAAUUGGUAAAUCGCCAAAAGUAUGCAAUAGUUCGUUAAUUUCCACGUCAGUGGCAACAUCAAGCAACGAAAAUUAUUUCAUGGUGUCGCAAACAUUUUCAACGUCUCCUACGAACGCGAUCAACUACGCUGCAUUAAAAUCGGAAAAGUUAGAGGAAGAUACCUCUGAGCAUUGUUAUUCGGGAAAACGUAGCAACGAAACGGACGAUGAAUCGCGUCCAAAAAAGAUACCUCGAUAUAUUCCUCCAAAAAGUGGAGUCCCGGAAUCUCCGUGCCCGUCAAGAGGCAUCAGACAUAAAGUCAGAAAACGUGUAAUCAUUGGUAAUAUAUCAAAAUGGAUACCUCCGGAAUGGAGAGAGGACGCAGCUAGUCACAAGUGGACGAUGUACGUUCGAGGAAAUAAAGAGAAUCCUGGUAUCGAUGAUUUCGUUAGUAAAGUCAGAUUUUUUUUGCAUCCCAGUUACAGACCUAACGAUGUUGUGGAAGUUACGACACCUCCAUUUUGCCUCUCAAGACGCGGUUGGGGUGAAUUCCCUCUAAGAGUACAAUUACACUUUAAAAGCGCAUUUAAUAAACCAAUGGAUAUAAUUCAUCAUUUGAAGUUAGAUCGCACUUAUACUGGUCUACAGACCUUAGGAUCCGAGACACUCGUUGAUAUAUGGAUCUAUGCGGAUCCACGAAAUUUGAAACGAAAUAUUGAGAAAAGCGUCGUUCAGUCUAUUAACGAGAAUGGAUCGCAAAUAGAAACACAUUUCGACGAUAGCUGCAAGAUAAAAGUAGAAAACAAUGAACAUUUUAAUUCCACCUUUGAUUUCACGAACGCUGAAAACGAAUCAACGGACUCGACAAAUAAAAAUUUCAACCUAAGUAUCAAACCAGAACUUCCACAGGAUAGUGAGAUCGAUGAAAAUUCAAUAAGUACCAAGCAAAUACGAUUUUACAUCGACCUUGAUCAUGAUUAUUGUUCUUCAAAAUACUCGAACAAUUUCAAAGGAAAUUUAACUAUCAAUCACUCGUCGAUCUCAGCGAGAUUAACAGAUUCAUCGAUAAAUAAGGUUUUUAAAGAAAUUGAGCAGGAAAAAACUGUAGAGACAACAGUUGAAAAUAGUAUUUUAGCAAUUACUGAAUCUUCCAUAAAUGGAGAUUCGAGUAACAUGAAAAUUAAAGAAGAAAUUAAUCCAAUCGCACUGUCGUUAAACGAACUUAAUACGAGUAAACCAAAAGCGCUUCCGUUAUCAGGUUCCAAAGUGCAAUCGAAUCUCCGUCCUCUAGAAAUUACCAUUCCACCAUUGUUCGAAUCGUCGAGCAAACAUGUUUUGGUUCUCCAAAAUAAGAAAACUAUCUCCGUAGAUAUCGCGAUGCAACGCACCGACGAACAUAAACCUAAUAAUAAUUCAACAAAAUCGAAAGUAAAUUUGUCUGCUUGUCGCGGUAUUAGUUUGUUGAAAAAGCCUCCAAAUUCGAACCAUCACGGAACGGAAACGCAACUUUGCAGAAGCAUCCUUCUAAACGUAAAUUCCAAUAUACCGGCGUUGAAGAUAGCCGAAAGAAGAACUUUGCAAAAUAACCACCCUCUUGACGCGCAAGACGAGGUAGGAUCCGAUGAGUUCGCGGCGAAUGCCAACAAUCUGGAAGAAUUGAAAGAAUCGAGGCUGCAAUCGCGUCAGAAGAUCACAUUAGGCAAGGACAAACACAAGCUUCAAAGUAAAAAAGAAUUUUGCGACGAUGUCUUCCGAGCGAUUAAGACUGCAAAAAUUACGAAUAUUCAGGGCUUACUGCGAUUUAUUAUUAGAAGAAUGCCUAUGGUGACUCGAGACGCCACUGACUCGGAUUACAGACAACUCCAUCCUUAUGCCUGCGCCAGCGAAGAAGAGUUUUUUGAGUAUAGCGUUGCAAAACGCACCGCUUGCGAAUGGGGUCGUGCGAAGAUGGUACGAUGUCUUUUGAAAAAAAAAUUGUUCCCUGAGGAGGAAUUAUGGACCAUUAAAGAGAUAAUGAUUUGGGCGCGGUUACAUGGCUACGCGCCUUUGUGUUCCGACAUCGCCGUUCAGUCGUUAAAGCAACAAAAGAAUUUAUUUGACUCCGCGAUUACCAAAAGUGUUUCUACGUGCACCGAACCGGACAAUUUCUGUAAAUGGCUUCAAAUCUGUCCAGAUCGACCGAACGAUCAAUUAUUUGAUUUUAAUUUGCGGCAAUCUAACAUGUUGGACGAGGAGGUCGAUAUCGUCAAUGAUGAAAUUCCACUGAAAAAUCAGAACAUAGGCACAAAGAAAGGCACAAAUGAUAAAGGAUUUCCAAAUGCAAAGCUCGCGGUACUGGAAAUAGAGGAAAAAUUGGCGCCACUUCACGACUUUGUUUGCGAAACUGCACGUGAGAUCGGCAUUAAACUGACUUCUGAAGAGAUUCUACCCAAUGUGAUAGAUUGCACGGCUGGUCGAAUGAUAAUGCGGGCUGUCGAGUGUCUUGUCGAUGAUCUGAUCAGAAUGUCUUUAGCAAAAGCUUGGGAAAGAUGUAAUGACAAUGGAUAUCCGAAGAUAAUCGUUUUGGACGAUGUACGUGGAGCUCUCUUAAAUCGCGAAGAAUUCGAUAUCUUUACGAAUCAAGGAUUAGGAUCGAAGUAUCGACUAACGACAAUGGAUUAAUUAAAAAAUAUAUACAAAAAAAUAGGAACUUUAGUUACAAGCACCUGAUACUGGCGAAUAGGUAAAUGACCGGUCCUACGAAGAUCAAAGAUGCCAGAACUAAAAUCCAAACGGUCCUUUCGAACGGUGCUAAGAGACCAGAGCCAG